AUGUCGGCCUGGGACCAGUUUUCUCAGUCUUUCGUCGAGGACGACAGGCAGCACAGCGACCAUGGCAUGGCAACGCCCGACCCGGAGUUGCCCAAGCUGACUGAAGGCAACACGACACCCAUCAGUGUCCUCAAGAGUAAAGACGACAAAGAAGAGAGCAAAGCUACGAGCCCGACCUCGUCCGACAGCUUCAGUGAAAGCGACGACGCUGGUGGCGACGCGUUGAGUUCGUCGCAGUUUGAGCCAUAUUUCGCGCUGGCCGACAUCAAGCGAGUGUCACGCAUGGACAACAGAUACGUCGCGCUAACACGCCCAAUCCAAGCGUAUCCGGACAGCGACGCCAUUUUCCUCAAGGGCUAUCGGAAUGGAAUCCAGGUCUUCCAAGUACGGCCAAAGCAGCCGAACCUUUCAGCGCAAGAGAAUGUUACCGACCAGGCCGAGGCUCCGCCGUCAUCAAGUGACUCGGUUACUUCGCAAGAUGUCCCUGCUUCCACUGACCCUCUUGGCUCAGUCUCUCCGAAUACGACUGCCUCACUGGGCCGGGAAGAGCUCUACGUGAAGGAUGAAGCCAGCGCCUUGACCGACCCAGCUGCCCACGUUGAUGAUGCAGGAGACUAUCACGUCAGCCCGUGGCCGGCUUUCUCCAAGAAUGAUGAGGAUGAUGAAAACGACGCGCCUCCCCAUCGAUACCAAGACUUCUUCGAGAUCCGCCCGUCGCCGCUGGGCGGCCUGGGCGCGUUCGCCGUCCGGGACCUCAAGCACGGCGAGACCAUCCUGAUCGAGCAGCCGAUCCUAUGCACGACACACUUUUCCUUUGGCAGCGACUUUUACAAACUCAGCGAGGACGACCGGGCGGCCAUCCUAGCGCUGCACAGCCCCGACGGCCCGGACGGUAUUGAUGGGAUUGUUCGUGUAAAUUCCUUCCAGAUCCCCGGCGGCGUGGCGCUGUUCCAAGUGGCGUCGCGCUUCAACCACGCGUGCGCGCCGGUGCGCAACGUGCGCUACGGCUACGACGUCGCGCGCAACGCCAUGACGUUUAGUAUCAACGUGUACAGGGUGCCGCGCGGCGCCGAGCUGCUCAUAAUGUACGGCAGCAACCCGUUCGAGCUGUACCGCAUCUUCGGCUUCCGCUGCUCGUGCGGCGGCUGCGUGCCCCUGACCCGGCGUGAGGUCGACCGCUUCCACACCCAGGCGUACAAUAUCUACUAA